GGCAUCCAUUUUUGUUGCGUAAGAAUCGUAAGAUUGUUCUUCUCGGUUUGGCGUGCUGCUGGCUUCUUCCUCAUUUUUGACUUCUUCUGAACUAAUAUUUUUGAUCUUUGCCUGAAUAAAGAAACCGAAGAAUUUUCUUCGCCAUAGACCAUCGGUGUCCAAGUGCCAUAAUGGUGGAUAUUGUAGAUGGAUUUUUAGGUUUUCCUAGGGAACCUAAAGAAGAGGUGUUGUCUUGCACGAAAUGCGAUUAUGAAAGUAAAAAUAUUGAUGAACUUGAUGAACAUCUUCUGGUUUUUCACGAUAUCGAUGAAGAUCAAGACAACAAAUUCGAAAUUGUGAAAGAGAAACCCAAAGAGAUACCAAAAAAGAAGAUAAGAACCGAUGUGAAAAAAUGGAUUUCUAAUUUCAAUACUCUGGGCAAAAUUCCCAGAGGUAAAGUUAUAAUAAGAAAAAUCGAACCUCGAUUUCAAAUAACCAACGAAGUUAUUGAAGAUAUUGAUCACAAAAAACUACUCAAACCACCUAAACUCAAAGAAAUACCUAGAGAUGCCCCUACUCGAAAAAGAGGAAGGUUGUUACCAAAUGGAGAGAGGUUGCAUUGUUGUAGGACCUGCAGUUUUACAACUACUAUUAAAAGUGAAUUACCCAAACACAGAUAUGCUGCUCAUUCAGAUUCAAUCAUCUACAGAUGUUCACAGUGUCCUUAUGAGACAAGACGAAAGAAUGAUAUGCCAAAACAUAUGCUGGGUCAUUGUGAUAAUGGUAUUGUCUUGCAAGAUGUCACUAGUGUGUUAAUUCAUUUAGGAGGAGGAUAUGCAGGGGAAGUUGAAAGGAAGUGUGAUCUACCAAAACACCAGCUGUGCCACACACCAACUGACUCCAUCAAUCUCUACAAGUGUCAGUUCUGCGUUUAUGUCAGCAAAAGGAAGGGGGACCUGGCCAAGCACAUGUGGAACCACAGCGAGGAAGAGCACUGUUUCAUGACCCUGUUCAAUUGUACAGAAUGCGAGUAUGUCUCUAAGAGGAAAAACGAUCUGCACAAACACAUGCUGGUGCACAGUGACAGAAAUGUUUCUGAGGUCUUCAAGUGUCAGAAGUGUCCCUACGCCUCCGAUAAGGUGGUGAAAUUCUCGAAACACGUGCUCAGCCAAUGCAAGAAGUGGGACGACAGCGUCAGCCUCGACCACCUCAGGCUCGAAGACAUCCUCGAUGGCGUCGACGACGAAGACUAUCACGUGGUCAUCGACGAGAGAGAGGGAAGAGCGCUGAAGAAGACGUUCGUUAACGUACAGGAAGAGGAAGCAGGGGAGGAGGAGGAGGAAUACGAGUAUGUGGAGGAGAUCGAAGGGGAGGUGGUGGUGGAGGAUCAGAUCGUGGGGUACAUAGAAGAAGGGGAACAGUUGGAAGGGGAGGUGAUUGAAGUGGCUGAAGGUGACAUAUACCAGGAAGAGGACGAAUACGUGACAUAUGAAGAAACCGAAAACGGGGAAUAUGUGCAGGUACAGAAUCAAGGGAAGGAUGCAACUCGGGGGGUGUUCAAAAUCAAUCUGGGGGAGUUUUCUGUUGAUGUCGAUCAAAACCAGCAUUAGAGGGAGGGAGAAGGCUGAAGCUAUAAAGUCCGUUUUGCUUCGUUUUUUUUUUGUAAAUUUUGUCAGUGCCAUUACAGGAAAGUGGUUUUGGAUGCUCACUGUUCUUAAAUCUUUUUUCUUUGAAUUUUUUGAAAUUGAACCUUUCUUAUCAAAUUAUAUAAAAUAUUUUUCUUGAGAGUAUAGUAUUGAGUAUUCAACGCAAUUUCAAACAAUUUCCUAAUGAAGGAACCAUGAAGUUUCUGUAGCUCAAUCAAUGAUAGAUACAGACGGAUGCAAAGAACAUGUCGCGGUUGGAUGGUGUUAGGGCUCUUAUUCUAUAGGAUUGAGUAGAAGUGCUUUCUCCGCCCAUGUGCGACAUUUCAUUUGCAUCUGACUGUACAUUGUAUAAAAUACCAUUAUUAUUAUGUAGUAAUAUUGUUAAUAUUAGUAGCUUCAAUAUUGGAUGUCAAAUGUUUCAUUGUAAUAAUUAUUAUUGUACUAUCAUAAUCUGUUAUUCAGAUGUAAAUAUAAUGGAAAUUGUAGAGGGUAGUUAUGUUUUCAUCUGUCAAUAUUUAAGUUUAUAACAAUAAAUUCUUGUACAGUAGUUUUUUAAGCCUUUAUAA